AUGUCAAAUGGAACAACAACAUCUUCAUCCUCUUCUAUUAGUAACACCACCUCUUCAUCAUCAUCAUCUUUAUCAACCUCUUCAACAAUCAAUAGUAGUAGUAGUAGAUCAGAUGCACAAAGUUAUAUAGUAUUCAAGGGAAAGGUUAAUCAAAACAGUGGUAACUUUGCCCCUAUGGAUAUUCAUCCUGUUCAUCCUUGGUUAUUGUAUACAGAUAGUGAUAAUAAUAUCAUUAUACAAAACUAUGUAGAUGGACAAAAGAUAUUAAACUUUUCGAUAACUCAACACGAAGAAGAGAGAAGAGAACAACAGACACUCCAAAAGCGUAUACCAACUCUUGCAUCUCUUCCAAAUCCAUUUGCUCUCACCUCUACCACUAGCAGUAAUCAGAGUGGUAGUCUCUCAAAUGUAAAUGGUAGUGGUGCAUCGACUGCAUCUCCAACAUCGGGUACUGGUAGUGUUGCUUCCUCUGGAGGUUCACCAACUUCAAAUUCACCAACCUCUCCUCUAGUUGCUACAAACUUUAAUACUUUAUCACCAAAUAUUGGACAAAGUCAAACCAUGCACAGAUCACCAAACAAUACACUUGGAAGACCAAAUAUAGAUACUAGUGGUCGAUCGGCUACAAUCGGAGAGGCCAGUGACAUUGAAAAGUUUGAAAAAUUGGGUCAAAUUAGAUUCCUUCAAUUUUAUGAUAGAUAUACACGACAAGUUAAAGAUAGAAAACCAAAAACAUCAUUAGGAAAAUUAAAUUUACAAAGUAAUAAUCAAAAAGGAUCAAAUAUUGGAUUGGAUGAUUAUAUUGUAAUUGUAGCAGAUAAUAGAAUAGUAUUUUUAAAUUAUCAUUCACAAAGAUUAAGAGAUGUAAAGAUACCAAUAUUUGAUUUUAAGCCACCAACAUCGAUUGAAUUUUUUUCAAACUCACCUCUUGUUGCCUUUGGUGGAAGCGAUGCCACAGUUAGACUAUGGAAUGUUGAUAAAUGGGAACUAGAAAGACCAUUGGUUGGAGGUCACCAAAAAACCAAUGCAUCAAUCGUUCGCAUGCGUGCCAUCGAGUUGGAGGGUGACUUUUUGGCAAGUUCUGGUAGUGAUGGUGUCACUUGUAUUUGGAAUAUUCGUACUGGUACCAUUGCCGCUCAAUUCCCCAAACUACAUGAUAUUAUAGAUUUAGCAUACGACCACUUUAAUAAUCAUCUAUUGGCACUCACCGGACAAGAUCGUAUGAUUGUACAAUAUGACUUUGCUACUCUCAGAGAGGUAGCACGUAUUUCUUGUGGCAAACGUGAUUUCCAAAGUAUAGAUAUCAGUUACCAUCCAAGAUUCCAACAUACCGAUCUCUUGCUCUCUUCAAAGAGCCCUGCUCAAAUUGUUUUCAUGAGUCGCACUCCCUCAACAGGAGCCAAAGAACAUCUCAUCGACUUUGAUCAACUAAUUGGUUCGAAAAAAGAAAAGAUGAAGCUCUACAAAGUAAUUCAACAUCCUGUACUACCACAUCUUCACUUUUGUUGGGUAAAUAGAAAUGUUUAUUUAAUCUCAACAAUGGCAACUUCAAUCCCAAAUUUUGCUGCAACCAAUUCAAUUGAUAAUUCGAUGGUAUAUUUCCCAAAUCAAGGAUUUUUAAAUUCAUUACCACUUUCAAACAUUGUAACAAGUGAAAAGACAAUUAUUAAACAAGUAGCAUUACCAACAAAUGAGCCCUAUAGAAUCGAAAUCAGUACCCAUGGAAAGUAUCUAUCUAUAUUUUCCCUGUUUAGUGGGACUUAUGUAGUAUAUGAAAUUGGAACAUUCAAACAAAUAGAAAAGGGUUCAUCACUUGAUAUUGCUUGGAGUGGUCGCGGAAAAGAUGGAUCAGAAAAAUUUGGACGUCUAGAGAGAAUCUUUGAAGCAGCAGAUCCAGUAAAAAAGAAGAAAUUGCUUAGUCUUAGUGUUAAAAAACCAAAAGAAGUUGAAACAGCCUCUAAAAUACUACUAAAGACAAAGGAAUUUUCGACCAACAUUUCACAAGAACUCCUACUCCACACCAAUGACGAUAGAAUGAUGAGCGGUCUCUUGCUCGGAAUAUACAGUAGAGAGUGUAAAGAUGGCGCUGGUUCGGGAUCUACAUCGACCUCUUCGUCGUCAUCGUCUUCUCCAACUGGCUCCUCUACAAGUGUCUCUCAAGAAACGCCAAUCCAACCAACUGCCGAAGAGGUUGAAUCAAAAUCAUUCCAACUCUACGAUUGGUGGACCCUCCAACCAAUCGGUGAUUCUUUGCCACCACCACUCAAGGUUUACUGGGAUCUUAAUCAAACUCAUUGCGUAUUUGCAUAUACCCAUUAUUUCUGUGUAUUUAAAUUACGUCCAUCGAUUCAUCUAUUGAGUCGUUGGCCAAUCACUCUUACCAGUGCUCUAUGGCAUAAUAAUACUUUAUUUUUUACAACACCAAAUGAUAUUCAAUGUCUUUUCCCACAUAAACAUGAAAGUGCACCAUUAAUAUUAUCAAGUUCAAGUGGAGUAACAUUCCCAGAGGACCUUUAUGAUAAUUCAUCUGGAUCACUUGCCAACUAUAAGCCAAAUCAAACCUUUUCAUUGUUGCCACAAUAUCGUCCAUUUGGAUCAAUUGCAUUGGUCGGUAUUAGUAAUGAGGCACUUAUUGCUGUCGAUCCAAACUAUCGGUUCUACAGCUUCCCAUUGACUCACUACCUCUUAAAAUUCUUUAUGUUGGUGCAACAAGAGAUGAUUGAAAGUGCUGUCAAGUGUGCCAGUAUGGUCGACCCAAAGUAUCACUAUUUGAUGGCCAAAUUCCUCACUGUACGAGGACACCCACAAGAGUGUUUGACCUUGGGCGGCAUCUCCAACUAUCUCAAAUUCCUCAUCUGUAUUAAUAACGAAGCCUAUGAAUCAUCACUCGAGUUGGUUCAAUUACUUGCCGAUACCUAUCGAUCUCACCAAACACUUUCGACCACUGACAACAUACCACCAGAAGAUAAUAGUCUAUCGUAUUUGGCCAGGAAAUGUAUCGACAUUGGUCAUCUCUGUCAAAGCAAAAAUGACAUUGAGUGCUCCCAACGUGCUUUCAAGAUUGCCACCACUCUUGAUCCGCAUGCCGCCUAUCAAGAAUUGGCACUUCACUAUUGCCACCAUGGCAAAAAGAAAGAAUUACUAGAACUUCAACAGUCAAUCCAACAACGUUAUCCAAUAGAAUAUAAUUUAAUUUCAUUAUUAUUAGAAAACUCAAAUUAA